GGGUAAUACUGAUAUCGGUGGAAAACACAUUGGAGAGCAGUGCUCUAAGAAGAAACAUCUCGAUCCUCAGUACCCUAACAGCUUCCAGGCGGCACUGACUGUUCGCAUGGUCACAAGGCGGGAGAUCGACGAGAACGAUACAUUAAGGAGGCGGUAUCAGAAUGUAGAGGCAGCGGCGAACGCGGCCAGCAACUUCGCUGGUAACCAGCAGAACAACAGGACUGGGAGUGCAGCUGUAACAGCGGAAUGGACUCGGCGGAGGAUGUUGAGCUGUCAGUCCACAUCUGAGAUGCCGAGCGCGACUCAAGUCAGGUCAUCCACAGUGGCUACGGUAGCAAAUGAAGAUACAGACGAUGUGAAUGAAGAAACUAUUACGGAGUAUGACAAUGGACGCGACAAGAGCUGGAGAAAGGAGAUUCGCGUCCGCAAGCUCGAGUGCGAGUUCUGGCAAAAGGAGACCUGCAGAAUUCCUACGGCGGGUGUUCCGUCACGGUCUAUCAAGCUUUUGUUAGGACCAACCUUUACCUACUCUGAAAAGGAGCAGGAAGAGGAGCGUAUCCGAAAUGCGAAUACUGGCCACCAGAGCAUAGACAUUUCUAAUCCUUAUACUUUCUUAGCAGUUCCAGAUCCGCUUUCACUUAUACCUCCAUCUCGGCUGAGAGCACCAUUGAAUAUUCGGAAAGACGGUAGUUCGUCUGCACCCUUGUCCCCGAUCCUCUCGGCCUACAAUGAUGUUGAUGUCGAUAUCAAUUCGCCCCUGAAGCCUCCUUCUCGUCUGGGUGCCAGUAUGGGUCGUAAGGGCUCUCUAGGGUCCAUUACCUUUUCGCCAAUGCUCCAGGCGUCUUCCCUAUCCCCCAUCAGUGCUUCUCAGUUCCGACCUGUAGUUACUCCAGCACCACAGGCGCAGGCACCCUCCAAUAAGCCGUUUACGCUCCUUAUUCCUGUGCCUCUGGAUUCUCCAAAGCUAAGACAAACUUAUGCCUGGCCGUCUUCGGAGACAUCGUUGCCGACAGGACAAGGAUACGAGAACAUGUCAACUAGAGGCCUGGCGGCAGAAUCGUCCGGUCUUGAAUUCGGUUCUGAGCUAGAGUACCAGUCCCAGGCGACCAUGUUUGAUACCGUCAGUGGAACAAGUCUUUGGAACGACGUUGGCAGUUUCAGCAACAAUCAUAGCACCAGCGGCGUUGGGAUACAUGGAAAAAACGGCAAAGAUGUUCCAUUUCAUACCUCAGCCGUGAGGGCUCGAAUCGAGUUGAAGCACUACCUAACCUUCCGAUUGUCGAUCGACGUGCUUGAAUACGAGGGUGAGCCUGAACAGGAGGACAUUGAUCUGGGAGUAAUGGAGAAGCAGUUGCUGCAGCAGGCCGCGAACCGCCAAGAAACUUCACUUGGGGAAGACGGUUAUUUGUUUUCGAAAACCAAAAGUUCAGGGUAUUUAACGCCGUUGUCAACGCCUGCUUUGGGCCAUAACAACAAGCUAUCGUCGUCUGCUUCUCUAGCAACGGUCGGUCAUGCAUGUGUAGAGUCAUCGAAUCCGCCUGACCAUGCGAGCGGAGGCACGAUGUCCAUAGCAGGAGGGAAAACCAUUGGUGGAACAGGGGGGCAGACGGCAAUUGGACAAGCAAUCAAGUUCUUGAAUACUGCGGAUGGACUGUUGGACUCGCCCCCAGAUGCAGGUGUGGAUAUGGGUGGACCUAGUGUAGCAACAGGGCCAGGUCCGUUCGGCUUGGCCUACAAUUUUACAAAAAGGCGUGGAUCCAGAGCUUCAAUGGGAACUGUCAAGAGCUGGGCCAGCGGUAUCAGCGGCUGUGGUGUCAGCACCGGAGGUAGUUAUGGUGCUUCAGGCAACCAUCCGCUAGCGGCUAGUUCUAGUGCGUCUGAAGCUGGAGCUGGAGCUGGAGGUCUGAUUGCUGGUGCGAUUGAGGCAAUCAGGAAGAAGGCAUCUGGGUCAGCACUGGCGAAUCUAUACCAUAACCAGCAACGGCAACAACAACAACAACAACAACAACAGCAGCAGCAGCAGCAGCAGCAGCAGCAGCAACAGCAACAACAUGAUCAACCGCAGAAUCGAGUGUCUGUUCAGAAACUCAAGGACUUCGUGAUUCGGGUUCCUAUUACGGUUGUUGUCCAAGUGGGCGAGGGUGGGCAAGAGGUUGAGGCAUUUGGACGGAUCGGCAAUGGUGACGACAGCAUCAACCACACCUUUGAAAAUAUCACUUCCUACGCUCAUAACAGCGAUUUAGACGCGACAGCAGGACGUUUGGGACAAUCGGUUGGUUCCAACGGCCUGAGUCAGACUCAGCGAGGCACAGCGGCUCUCUCCAGCAGUGAGACCUUCUCAAGCAUGAACAGCGUUGCGGCCUCUAUAGGAUCUGAGCCCUCGGUAAAAAGGAUGGGGGACUUUGCGUCUUCCUCACUUUUGAACAUGCUUUCCAGACUGAAGAGCCCUCCAGAAGGCGUUGGUAUCCGGGGUACUGCAUCCUCUUUGAGUACAGAGUCGCAUCAGGGUCCAAGUAUAGAGCUGGCUAUGGUUCACAGUCUGAGUGGAGACGAACAUGAAGACGAAGAGGAAGGGGAGUUCGUGGUGGUAGAUGCAGAAGAAAUGGAGGAGGACGAGAUGCCAGGAGUGUUAUCUGCAGAGGAGGUCAAUCGCGCCGAUGUUGUUCUUAAAAGAAUUAGCCAGCUUUGCUAAAGUUCAUCGCUGCCUUAAUUGAGUCCAGAUAUACUAUACGUUUAUUGCGCUAAGCUUUUCCAU